AAAAAUAGAGGAGUGCCAAGCCGAAAGAGUGUAUCAUUGCUCAGUCCCGAUGAGAUUGAAAAAAUUUAUCAAACUUAUUGGGUUAUGUACAGCAAAGGUUUGGCUCAUUAUAGUUAUGAUUAUUCACAUAAAGGUAGGAAAAGGAUUGUAAAUCGUUUAAUUAAUAAUGCAAAAGUUAUCCAACGGGCUUGGAGAGCUUUCAAGUUGAGACCCAAAACAUGGGCGAAACUAGUUUGGAAUAUAGUAAGAAAUAAUGGUACUCCUGACGAGAAAAAGUUUUUAGGUAUAACUUCUCGCGAUAUAAGAAUUCCUGAUGAUCGAUAUGUAUGGUAUAUUGAUCGAAAAAUUCUAGCUAAAGAUGCAGAAAAAAAGAGAGAUCAGUUACAUGAACAAUUAAAUUUUGUAGCAUAUAUACUUGCUUUUAUAGAAUUAUAUCGACAAGGCUAUAGAAUCGUUGAAUAUUUAGAAUGGACUUAUAUGUUAAAGUGGCUAUCAAAUCCUGAAUAUUACCAUAUUAAUGAAUCUGGUAAUGAAAGAAUUGUUAAAAGAUUAGAGUAUGCACGUUACAUGUGUAAAACACAUGGCAAAUUAUAUCUAUGCGAUUCACUAAAAAUCAACUAUUUCGAAACUAAAUAUCUUUAUACCCUAGGAGAAGAAAUUAAUAUAGAUUUCUCAGAUUCGAACAAUAAUUGUGAUUGUCCACCGUCGAUGUGA